CUAAGGAUUCCCAUGGAUUUCCAAAACUAAAAUACAAAGGAAAUAACACAAGGAAACUCACUUCUCCCCCCUUCGGAUUUCCACGGAUUUCCCUUCAAGAUCAGCAAAACAAAGCCGUGAAGAAGAGAACUCACCAGAGCGGCGAGAGCAAAACAAAGCCAGAAUCAAGGACUCUAACCGGAGCCGUCUAGCUUGCCAGCUACAUCACCGGAAUGGGAAGUCGAGGGUGAGAGCUCCAGCUUCGGAUCUGGCGAGCGGCAAAACCGGAUGCUGAGGCUUCGUGGUGGCUAGGGUUGGUGGAUAGCAGGCCGCUGUUCACUUCCACCGUUCUACGGUUGCUGGCCUGACGUUCCGAUGCCCUGUUCUCGUAUUUGGUUUAAGAAUAUGCCCCGUUUUAUGAAUCUGUAUACUACGAUCAGAUGCUGAGAGGCAGAAGCAAGGGAACUUUUACAAUAUCCAUGGAAUUGAUUAGAAUCUGACAGAUUCUAUACAAUUCUUUUAAAAUCCAUUAGAAUCUUACUCUUUUAAAAUCCUUUAAAAUUCUAAUUGGGGACACCCCCGGAAGCUUCAAGUCUCAAGUUUCUAAGUAACGAUCUCCCAUUGAAUAACCCUUUUCAAUCUCUCUGCCACCAGCCAGUUGGAGCCAUCCCCACAGCGGAUUUCUCACUCCCAGAUGGCGAACCAGUGAAAGCAUAUCCAGAGUUCAUCGCUCUCCGACAGACCCAUAUCCAGCCAUCAAUACCCGGUAAACAGAAAAUAUCAGACGUAAGUCUGUCUACAAUCUGGCAUCAUUUGGUGAAAUAUAAAGGAAAGCGAAAAGUUUGAAAUAAUAAGACAAAGUCAUCUAACAGAAGCUUUCAGGCAAUCAUCUGGUGUGGGAUGGAGUCGAAUUUGAGACAUGCAUUAAUACUACUUUAUCUAACUGUAUUUCCCAUGAUUAUAAGUGUGAGGGCCUGGACCGGUGCUAUCUAUGGUCGAGUUGUGUGUGAUGUAUGCAGAGAUUCUUCUAUUGGCCCGGAAGACCAUGUUCUGGAAGGAGCAGAGGUUGCUGUUCUUUGCUUAACAAAGACCGGUGAAGUUGUAAAUUAUCAAGCAUUCACGGACUCGAACGGGAUAUACAGAGUAGCAGAAAGUAUGCCAGAGAGUGAUCGGUGGGAUACAUGCUUGGCUAGACCCAUAAGCAGCUUCCAUGAUCACUGUACACACCUCAGAGAAGGCACCAGCUCGGGCAUUAAGUUCAGAUACAACCAUCGAUCUGGCUAUUCCCAUACGCUCAGACCAUUCGUUUAUCGGCCAGCCUCUCUCCCAACUUACUGCACAUGAUGAUUCUCAUUUCUUCUUGCCAUAGCUUGGUUUGGGUGAUCGUUGGGGAGGUGGAUCAAGAGCUGCUGGCAUCGGUGUGUUUCAAUAUAAUGAACCAAAUCUAAUGAUAAUAAAUUUUGAAUUGAUACCAAUAUUGACAUCUUUAUUCAUUUUUUCCAAUCAAGGUGAGCAUACAGUUGAACCUCCAACACGUACACGAGUAUGAUGCAAUCAUUUAGAAACAACACGUACACAGUUGUUCAAUGCAGUUUUGAUAGAUGUGAGAUCAACCUUUUAGUUUCUAUGUUACCACAGGCCCACAAGCCACAACAAGAAACAAUUUACGGGUGAUUCUAUAUAGAGGUGUCUGGAUCUAAAUAGAUCAAUCAAAAUAUGUUGCAGUUGAAUUAUUUAUGUUAAAUUAAAAAUGAUAUAAUGAU